AUGGCCUGCUGCGUGCUCCAGAUCACCGGGCUGAUCUUCGGCGGCAUGGGCAUGGUGGGCACCUUGGCGGCCACGGCCAUGCCCCAGUGGAGGGUCUCUGCCUACGUGGACGGCAACAUCGUGGUGUUCGAGACCGUCUGGGAGGGGCUGUGGAUGGACUGCGUCAGCCAGCCGGGCCUCAGGCUGCAGUGCAAGUUCUACGACUCCGUGCUGGCGCUGCCGCCGCCGCUGGAGGCCUUCCGGGCCCUCACGCGCGCGGCCGUGGUGCUGGCCGUCCUCGCCUUCCUCGCGGCCGUCGCAGGGGUCGCGUAUGGCCAGCAGGGCCCCCGGGUCACCGGCACCUGCGUCCUGCAGGUCACAGCGUGGCUCAGGGUUUCUUUACCUCUCUGGGGCGUUUAG